ACUAUGUCUCAUUUUGUGGCUACAAUUGCAUUUUAAUCCCUUCCAUUAGGGUUAGUAUUACCCGUGAUGCUUAUUGUUGCAAAUACUGAAGAAGUCCAGCCAUGCAUUCUCACUUGCCCACAUUUAUUUAUCUUUUUGCAAAUGGACCAAAGUUGCUCCUUCCUGGCUUGCCUCUGGUUUUAGCCAGGAGCCAGCCAG